AAGUUCAUCGAUUUUCAGUCGCCUCUAUAUUUGUUCUUCAUCUCUCUCUCUGAGGUUUUAGGGUUUUUCAAAGCUUGUGUGCCUCUUUCUAUCUCUCUCAGAGUUCUCAAGAAUUUGGAGGGGUUUUAUAGAAUUGGAAAGCACAAACUUCCAUGGAUCCUUCAGUCAUGCAAAACUCUGAGAUGGCCAACAUCAUCAGUCAAGAGCAACAAAGAGCGAUGAUCAAUGAGAUGGUGGGAAAGCUUACAAGUGCAUGCUGGGACAAGUGCAUCAUGGGUACGCCUGGGAGCAAGUUCAGUUCCAGUGAAACAGCUUGCCUAUCAAACUGUGCCCAACGCUAUUUGGAUAUGAGUAUGCUUAUUAUGAAGCGUUUUCAGAACAUGCAAUGAAGACCCAGAAGUUUGACGUGCCUACUCGAUUGCAAGAUGUGAACCAAUUAUGCUUCUGGUGUUAGUUACGUAUUAGUUGAAAAAGUUCUGGAACAGUUUCCCCCUAUUUCCUUUUUUACUUGGAUCUACUGUAUUGGAUGUUCUCCAGCACCAGCAGUCUCACCUUGAAGUAAUUUUCUUGAAUAUUUGAUGUCCUGAUGAACAAGUAACGUCUACAUUUUUUUAAUAAUCUGGAUUACAUCCAUGAACUCAUUCAAAUAUUCAAUUCAUGCUUGGCCU